AUUAGUAUCAGCAAAGUUCAAAGUCCAGCAGUGUUCAGCUCGGAGCUGCCCGAACCGCACACACUGAGCUCCGUUCAGUCUGCUCGGAACCAUGACUGAAGCGGACCUCUACAUUCUGUACAAGGGCGUGUAUGUACCGAAUGCGGUACAUUCUCCGGAGAGCCUCAAGUACUACGAGGAAUUUACGUUUCGUCCCGACGACGUUGUCAUCGUAACGUAUCCCAAGUCAGGGACAACUUGGAUGCAGGAAAUUCUUCCCCUGAUCGUAAGUGGAGGGGAUCCAGCCUCCGUUGAGACGCUGCCUAACUGGGACCGUGUUCCCUGGCUGGAAGAGACCCGGGCCCCCAUCCUGAAGCUCGAAGAGCGGCCGUCUCCUCGCUUGUUCACCACACACUUCCACUACAGCAUGAUGCCCCCGUCCUUCUUUCAAGUAAAACCAAAGGUGGUCUACGUCAUGAGGAACCCCAAAGAUGUGUUCACGUCUGCCUUUCACUACUACAACAGCGCCUCGUUCUUGGUGAACCCGGGUCCGCAGAGCGAGUUCCUCCAGAAGUUCCUCACUGGAAAAGUUAUUUUUGGCUCCUGGUUUGACCAUGUGAAUGGCUGGCUGAGUGCUAAAGAGAAACAGCAGAUCAUGUACAUCUCCUACGAGGAGAUGAUAACGCAGGACCUGAACGACGCUGUGAGCCGGAUCGCUCAGUUCCUGGGGAAGCCUUUGGAGCCCGACGUUGUGGAGAAGAUAGCCGACAAGUGUUUAUUCAGAAACAUGAAGAAUAACCCUAUGUCCAACUACUCGGUGGUGCCCCAGGAAUUCAUGGACCAAACAAAGAAUCAGUUCCUUCGGAAAGGCAUCGCUGGAGACUGGAGGAACCUGCUUACGUCAGAUGAGGCACAGUACUUUGACGCCGUGUUCAACAAAAAAAUGAAAGAUGUGAACUAUGAAUUCAACUGGGAUUAAGCCAGUUUAGUGCACGCCGUUUCAUAAAAAGGAUUAACCUGUAUGUCAGACCAGUGACUGAAAAAAUCAAUUCUGUAUUGACAGCAGUUCAGACUUUGACCUUUUCUUCUGUGACUUAACGAAGUUAAAAAAAAAAAAAAAAAAAAAAAAAAAAAAAAAGCUCAACAUUGUGAUCCAUUUUGCCUAUGAAGUCAGAGCUUACCAGGUAAGUGGAACUGGGAAAAUACCUAAAACUGAAAUUUCUACUGGUUUUGCAGUUGAAAUUUGGAAAACCAGUGAGGAUAGCAAAGUGCUGUCUUCAGUAACCAAGCUAACUAUGCUAAGUGACGUAAGCCAAGAAUAAAAAAAUCUCUAGCGUUUAAUACAUUUAAAAUAUCACGGAAACCCUUUAACUACUGUAGUUUGUCAGUAGCUAAACUGAUAACUGAUUGAAUCAAAUGGAAACUGUCAACAGAACAAAUGGUUUAAAAUCUGUACCAUGAAGAGUGAUUAGCUUAGAAAAAAUGUAGGCAAUUGACAUGCAUUACUAUAGCAUAAAUGAACAUUUUUAGCAUUACUUGCUUUAAAUAGCUUAAAUUAACUAAAACGGCUAAUAACCCAGCAGUGAGCUUUUCACUGCUACUUAGCGCUUAGCUUUUCACCGUGACAUAGAGGUUAGCUUUUCACCGUGACAGUGGUUAGCUCUUCACUUUGGCCUAGUGGUUAGCUCUUCACCGUGACAUAGCGGUUAGCUCUUCACUUUGGCCUAGUGGUUAGCUCUUCACCGUGACAUAGCGGUUAGCUCUUCACUUUGGCCUAGUGGUUAGCUCUUCACCGUGACAUAGCGGUUAGCUCUUCACUUUGGCCUAGUGGUUAGCUCUUCACCGUGACAUAGCGGUUAGCUCUUCACCGUGACAGAGCGGUUAGCUCUUCACCGUGACAGAGCGGUUAGCUCUUCACUUUGGCCUAGUGGUUAGCUCUUCACCGUGACAGAGCGGUUAGCUCUUCACUUUGGCCUAGUGGUUAGCUCUUCACCGUGACAUAGCGGUUAGCUCUUCACUUUGGCCUAGUGGUUAGCUCUUCACCGUGACAUAGCGGUUAGCUCUUCACUUUGGCCUAGUGGUUAGCUCUUCACCGUGACAUAGUGGUUAGCUCUUCACUUUGGCCUAGUGGUUAGCUUUUCACUGUGACAUAGCGGUUAGCUCUUCACUUUGGCCUAGUGGUUAGCUUUUCACCGUGACAUAGCGGUUAGCUCUUCACUUUGGCCUAGUGGUUAGCUCUUCACUGUGACAUAGUGGUUAGCUCUUCACUUUGGCCUAGUGGUUAGCUUUUCACCGUGACAUAGUGGUUAGCUCUUCACUUUGGCCUAGUGGUUAGCUUUUCACCGUGACAUAGCGGUUAGCUCUUCACUUUGGCCUAGUGGUUAGCUUUUCACUGUGACAUAGUGGUUAGCUCUUCACUUUGGCCUCGUGGUUAGCUUUUCACCGUGACAUAGUGGUUAGCUCUUCACCGUGACAUAGCGGUUAGCUCUUCACUUUGGCCUAGUGGUUAGCUCUUCACCGUGACAUAGCGGUUCGCUCUUCACCUUGGCCUAGUGGUUAGCUUUUCACUGUGACAUAGCGGUUAGCUCUUCACUUUGGCCUAGUGGUUAGCUCUUCACUUUGGCCUAGAGGUUAGCUCUUCACUUUGGCCUAGUGGUUAGCUCUUCACUUUGGCCUAGUGGUUAGCUCUUCACUUUGGCCUAGAGGUUAGCUUUUCACCGUGACAUAGCGGUUCGCUCUUCACCUUGGCCUAGUGGUUAGCUUUUCACUGUGACAUAGCGGUUAGCUCUUCACUUUGGCCUAGUGGUUAGCUUUUAACUAGCUUUUUAAAAAAUUUUCUACAAACGCACUGCCGUACAUAAUCACAGGCAACAGAACUGUUGCUGAGAGUUGCUCCAGACAACCUCAGUUGAAAAAAAUUUGAGCCAGACCAGAAGCUCUGUCAUUGCGUGGUGUUUCACUUUGCUCUCAAACGCUGCAUGCAUUUUACUGACUGACUCACUGAAUUUCGAAAGGGAAGGUUUGAUUUAAUAGUAUUCCUCACAGCACAUUACUAAUAUGUUGCAAGGCAUGUGAGCUUGACCUUUCAUAUCUUGUGAAUAUUCUUUGGAAUAAUGUUCCCCUUUAGAGAAUGAAGAAGACUUCUUGAGUUGCAGUAGUUCUCUGUUAAAACAUGAGGGACAUCUGAAAACCUCAGCCUUGGUAAAGUUCAGAUGACGAAGAAAGGCGUACAAACCACAUAGUCAUAUAGUCACAUAGUAAAGUGGCAAAUAUUUCUACUUAAAGUAAGCAACUUGUAUUCAACAAAAUUACCAGGCAUGUUAAAUCCUGAGCAGCUGAAAUCCUAUAAAAACCUGUAGCUACUAUUGCUUUUCAUAAGCACUUACACGAUGUUACUAAAAGAAUGUAUCUGAGAACAUUAGUAAUGUUUCACCAAAACAAAUAUUUGUUGAUUUUCAUACAAACUGUUAUAAAAACAAUUUAACUCAUAGUUCUGUGUCCAUUCAUUAUGCUUUUAGUAUAAUACUGUAGAAAGUUGUACAAAACAAAUAAAAGCUCUUACACUCUG